UUUGAAUAGAAAGACUUCACUUACAUGCUCUGGAAGAUCAAACAGUCCACGCGUUGAUUCUGGGGCGGUUUGAUGAAAUGUGUCCAUGAAGAUGGAGGGUAUGGUUGCACAGAUGCGGCUGCAGUCUUUAUUGGGAAAAUUGGCCUGCACUGGAGCGCCUGGAAUAAAUUGGCCACUUUAAUUUUUAGAGUCGUGUUUUUUAUAGCUUAUUUAUUCAAUGUUGAAUCAACCUCAAGCACGCCGGUUUCCACCUCCAUGCCGCUUUUUUUCUAAAGGCACUUGCAGAGCCGGCGAACAAUGCUCGUUUGCUCACAUUCUACAAGCUGUCAGCAAGCAAACAACCCUGCCAGAUACCCUCAUUGCGGACUUACAAGCACACGCUCUUUCCAAUAGAGAUCAACGACCAAUCGCCUCGGGUUCUCGUCGCAGAUCUACUGAUCUACAUUCCACCGAGGUUCAAAAAGGAAUCCAACGAUCCCAAAUAGCGCAAUUGGAGCGUCACUAUGCUUCGACUUUCGCCGUUAUUAUGAAUAGUUCGACAAGUACUAUUGUUCAAGUCGGUAUCAAACCUCCACACGACUUUACUUACGACCUGACAUCGCUAGUUAUCCAGAUAUCAGUGCCUACCAACUAUCCUCGAUCGCCCACUACAAUUAAAGUUCAAAACUGCGAUAUACCCAAAGGGUUUGCCAUUAAUCUUGAGAGAGGAUAUAAUGAGCAUAUGAGUAGCCAUUCGCCUGAGACCCAACCUACAUUGAUUCAACAAACUACCUGGUUAGAAAAACAUAUGGAAACCCUUCUCAGUCGACCUCCAGCCACCACCAUGCGUUUUGUAAAAUUCAAGAGCAAUUCAGCCAAUGCACCAGAGGCAAACUCGACAGAGGAAUUACAAGUGGAGAACAGUGCUCCCAGCAGCAUUAAGCCUCAACCGCAGCCUCGAAGUAGAUAUAGUGCCAAUCAAUUAGAGAAGGCAAAGCUGGCUCGUGAUCGCCAUCUGAAGCAGUUGGAAACUCGUUUUCCAGAUAGCUACCGCAUGCUACGAUCUGACAAUCAUGGUACCAUUAUAUACCUCCGUAUUGAGCUAUCAGACCCCUCAUUCGGCUUGAAAAGUAUUUUUGGAGAUACUAUGGAUAUGUGCAUUACAGUACCGCCAGUCUACCCUCUCGAACCUUGUCAAAUCGAGAUAAUGAACGACAAUUUGGAAGAUUGGAGAUUAUUGAAUAUUGCCUAUGGAUUCCAGCAACAUGUAGUAGAAGCACCAUCAUCAUUAUUUCAACAUUUGAACUGGCUUGUUCGUAAUUUGGAUGAUCUCAUGAAGCAAAGUAAACCCCGAGAUGCAACUGUCAAUGAAGGACUUGACCAACAAACAGUGUCUGCACCACCAAUACCAUCACCAAAAUCCAAUAUUACAGACGAUCUAGAUGCUAUCAAAAGCAAAAAGGUCUAUGUGACAGAUCCGAAGGAACUGAUCCCUCCUUCGCAAAUAUCAAGUUUUGAAAAGAAUGACAAUUCAAGUCAAGUUAAUUUGUUAGGCAGCCCAUCAUCAGGCUCUGAUAGUGAGCCAACCUCGUUUUCGGCCGGAAGCAAACAUUCAAGAGCGCGGGGUGGCAUGGAGAUACGUCACCCCGAUGUAUCUCUGGAGAAUAUUGCACUUUUACAAGUCGCUUCUAUCUCUCUCUCGCUCAAAUGUAAUCGAUGUCGAAGCAAAUUUGCUAUAACCGACCUCCCUGUAGAAAUCCUAGAUAAGGCAGACGAAUCAUCCUCUGUGGAAGUUAGCAUUGGAGAACGAUGGCUUGCUUGCUCAACCUGUACACAAAUUUAUGGCGUUAAAGUGUUCCCAGAUUAUAUACAUGAAAACUCCAUCACCCUCGGAUUAGUGCAAACAGCAAAAUGCACACCUAUUCAAGUCUUACCAUCAAAGUACUUGGCUGUAUGUGCUAGAUGCGACUCAAACUGUAAAAACCCCAUAACAGUCGCAUCAUUUGGGCAAAAAGUGACAGUGGCAUGUCGAGCUUGUCAUACGCCAUUAUCGCUGAUGAUCGAUAAAUGUACCAUGGUCAGAAUAGGUGGACUUGCGUCUGACUGGUUGCAGGCUGAUGAACAGGAAAUUUUAAAGGUGCAACGUAAAAAUCUGCAAGAGAAGUCGCACAGCAAAAUAUCACUUGGUCAGCCGUUACCAAAUACUGGAACUUGCCGGCAUUUUCGAAAAUCUCAUAGAUGGAUGAGAUUCGAAUGCUGUAUGCGAGUUUAUGCUUGUGACAAGUGCCACGACGAAGCUGAGAGCCAUAUCUAUGAGAUUGCUCAAAAAAUGAUCUGUGGAUACUGCAGCAGAGAGCAGCCCUAUCACCAACAGCGAUGUAUAGGAUGCGAACGGCUAUUGACUGGAUCAUACCAUCACGCCAGUACUGCCAAGAAAAGCGAAGGAUACAAAAAUCGUGCACAUGACUUGGUAACCACAAAAGCUGGACCGCAGCUUGCAUCUAAAAAAGAACAUCGUGCAGAGCUACAAUGAAGUGACAAUAGCGUUCUAGGACCAUUAGGUUGCUAUGCUACUGAUAUCGUCGUAGAGGAACUACCUUCUUUCUUAAUAAAAAAAGUCUGUAGCAUUUAUUUUGGCUUUGUCAGACAUAAUAAACCGCAAUGUUCACACGUAA